AUGAACGUCGCUGGUCCCUCACGACUACGUGGUUCACGUCCGAUCCCGGGUCCAAGAGAAAUAGAUAAUCAUGAGGAAGAUCUUACCCGUAUGAUCGCUGAACUAGGUCUUGCAGAUGUCGAGAGAUUGCAGACCCUAUAUGAUAACAGAGAGCGUCGAGGAAAGGGGUUUUCUGAUCGUGAAGUUGCUUUCAGAUUGUUGAUGCAGAACGCUCGAGAACUUGCAGAGUUCAAUGCUGAUCUGGCACUUGCCCAGCGACUUGCCGACGGAAAUGAGGAAGCAAAUCCUACACCUGGGUAA